UCGUUCAGCAUGGCGACGAUCAGCGCCGAUCCAGGUUGCGUCCGUUUGACCGACUCGAAGUCCCAGAUCUGUCCCGUUGGCGAUGAACCAGCGGUGGUUCUGACCGAUUUCGACAUCAAUCGGAUCGUCGAAAGGCACCGAGGUUCGAAUAACUUUCGAAUUUUGCGCUGGAGUUUGGAUAGUUUGGGGGAGACGAAUGGAUACUUAGGUUCGUACUACACUCUCAGCGUGACGGUGAGAAUCGGCGAGGAGAAAUCGAAGAGGGAACUGAAAUUCUUCGCGAAAACACCGCCGCCAAGCACCAGUCCGCAAUAUGAUUUUCUCGUGCGGUACGACACGUUCAACAAGGAGAUGGCGGUCUAUAGCGAAUUAGUGCCCCGAAUGGGAACAGGGAGUGGACCGAAGUGGUUACCCGAUUAUUAUCUCGGUAAGAAUAACACGAUCAUGGUCAUGGAGGAUGCAAAGGAGUCCGGUUAUAUUACGCCUGAUAAGUUUGUGCCGCUCGACGAGGAACAUUGCGUUUGGAUGGUGAAAAUGCUUUCGACGUUUCACUCGAGGUCCCUGAUCUUCGACGAGAAGCUCCGUCGUGCUAGCGGUCAGACGAUCCACGAUCUUUACGGACACCUGCUGGUCGAAGUGGCCUUCAUCGAGAACGACACAAUGGCGCGAAAAUACCUCUUGUCCGGUAUCAAAGGCGCGUCCGCGAUGGUCGAUCUUAUGGAGGGUCUGAGCGACGAUCAGCGAACAUCGGUGAAGGAUCGAAUCGCCAGAUGGAUAGUGAAGUUGCCCAGGUUGCUGGAAUCGUCUAGGAAGUUCCGAAACCUGAUAUGCCAUCGGGAUAUAUGGGUGAACAAUAUAAUGUUCAGACGAGACUCCACGGGCAGGCCUACCGGUUGCUAUCUGAUCGACUAUCAGUUCCUGCGAUACAGUCCGCCGGCGUUGGAUUUCAUUUUUUCCCUUUACCUGAACACCGAUCGUGCUAUUAGAAACAGACUUUAUGAUACUUUCGUUGAUAUUUAUUGGGAUACGAUGACGUCGGAGCUUAAAUCCGAAGGCCUCGAUGUCGAGGAGUGUCUGCCACGUUCUGAAUUCGUUGAAUCUUGCGAAGAGAUCAGGGAUCUAGCGUUGACUUACUGCAUCGCCAAUAUGCAAAUCAUGUUGCUCACGAAGGAUGCGGUCGAACAAUACUUCGUAGGCUCGACCGAGGAGCUGCAGUAUGUGCUGUACGGCGAUCGGAGGACGGAACUUGUCCUCAGCCAGUGCCGCAGCAUGAGGGCUUAUCAGACACGUAUUAUCGAGAUAUUAGAGGAAAUCAAAGACCGUUUGCCCGAUAACCCGCCAAAUUGUUAGCCCACGGGAAAAGAACAGGGGGACAGAAUGUUCCGGGAGUGUCGUCGUUUGUACCUGCAUUACGAUCUCUGAUAAAGGAUUUUGGAAUCGGGCCAGGAAGGAGGCUGGCCUUAUUUCUGGAUCUACGAUUUGUGGUUGUGUCGUAAAAUCGCCCGAAAACGUGCUAAAGCUCGCAAGAAAGGCCACACGGACCAAGGUUAAUCAAUAGCCGGCGUCGGAGCUAGGUUUUCGCUGAGGAUCGAUGAGGCUUCGUACACGCACGAGUCGUUUUUUUUUUUUUGGAAUUUGUG